GGAGAGGGUAAUCUCAUAAGUGAGACAACAACAAGAACUGAAGCAAUUGUUGAGGUUCAAGUGGAGGGGGAUGUCAGAAGUAUUAAAAUGAAGGGAAAGGAAGUUGUUGUUGAGGAGGUCAAUAUGAAGGAUAAAAAGAAGGAAUUCGCUUCAGGGAAAACAACUUAUUUGAGGCCAAAACGGGGCGCAAAGGCUGCAGAAGUAUUAAAAUCUCCCUACAUGGCAAGAGUUGUAGACCCGAAUGACACAUCAAAUGCACAGGAAAAACAAAUAUGGAAAUGGGUGAUGCAAGAUGCUACUGAUAAGAGGGAUGACAUCCUUUUCAAGUACAAGCAAAUUACAAUAAACAGAGGAGAGAUGUUGACCCUCGGGGAGAAAAAACAUAUGUGCAGUAAGGUCAUAGAUGCAUGGACAGUGUGCUUGAAUAAUAAGGAAAAGAUACGAAGUAGCACGUCACCAUGAAGAUUGUUUUCAAAAACAAUUCCUUGUGUGUACACCAUGGGGCAAGAAAUCCCUGAAGACCAGGCAUAUGCAUUGUUUAAAGAAGCAAUUACGCUGGCUUUAGAAACGGUGCAACCAGAAAUUAAAAUGGAAGAUGUUGAG